UCCUCUGCGCGGAACUCUUCACCAUUUAGAUCUGAACUCUCACCAAGCCCCUAACAUUCCCAACGGUGGCGAUCCCUCUUCUUUCUCAUCCGAUCUAUUUCUCCUUGCCUAUCCUCACCGCAUUCUGCAUUUUCCGGGCUUGCUUGGGGAAUUCAUCAAUUUCUUCUUUUUCUUGUCCGGAUUAGAUCUGAGGUUGACUUCCAGAAUUUGCGGAGUGGGUGAUCUCGUUGGGCUGAUCUUCGAUCCGAGUCGUCGUUCCUGUUUUCGUAAAGGGCGAUGGCUACAAUGGAGAGCUUGAUAGGGUUGGUGAAUAGGAUACAGCGGGCGUGCACCGUGCUGGGAGAUCACGGCGGCGGCGAUGGGUCGUUGUCGCUCUGGGAGGCGCUUCCAUCCGUCGCUGUGGUUGGAGGACAGAGCUCGGGGAAAUCCUCUGUUCUCGAAAGCGUUGUCGGAAGGGAUUUUCUUCCCCGUGGAUCUGGAAUCGUUACGAGGAGGCCUUUGGUGUUACAACUUCACAAGACUGAUGACGGGCAGCCGGAAUAUGCUGAAUUUCUUCAUGCACCAAAGAAAAGAUUUACGGAUUUCGCUGCUGUUCGAAAAGAGAUUGCAGAUGAAACUGAUAGAAUCACAGGUCGAACAAAACAAAUUUCUAACGUUCCUAUUCACUUGAGCAUAUAUUCUCCAAAUGUUGUGAACUUGACGCUAAUUGACCUGCCGGGGCUGACAAAAGUUGCUGUAGAGGGACAACCGGAUAGUAUUGUUCAAGAUAUUGAAAACAUGGUUCGCUCCUAUGUUGAAAAGCCUAACUGUAUUAUACUGGCCAUUUCACCUGCCAAUCAAGAUAUCGCUACUUCUGACGCUAUCAAGCUUGCAAGGGAAGUUGAUCCUUCAGGAGAAAGAACAUUUGGAGUACUGACAAAACUCGAUCUGAUGGACAAAGGAACAAAUGCACGGGAUGUUCUUGAAGGAAAACAAUACCGGUUGCAACAUCCUUGGGUUGGCAUAGUUAAUAGGUCACAACAAGAUAUCAAUAAGAAUGUUGACAUGAUGGCUGCCCGUCGUAGGGAGCGUGAAUACUUUAUGAGCAGCCCUGAUUAUGGGCAUCUGGUAGAUCAAAUGGGUUCUGAGUAUCUUGCAAAACUCCUCUCAAAGCAUUUGGAGUCUGUGAUCAGGCAACGGAUUCCUAGUAUCAUAGCUUUAAUAAAUAAAACAAUCGACCAACUCGAGAGUGAAUUGGAUCAUCUUGGCAGGCCAAUUGCAGCUGAUGGAGGGUCACAGCUAUACACCAUUCUGGAGCUUUGCCGUGCAUUUGACCGUGUGUUUAAAGAGCAUCUGGAUGGAGGGCGACCUGGUGGAGAUCGGAUAUAUGGAGUUUUUGAUAACCAACUGCCCGCUGCUUUAAAGAAACUGCCAUUUGAUCGUCAUCUUUCUCUGCAGAAUGUCCGAAAGGUUGUCUCAGAGGCCGAUGGUUAUCAGCCUCACUUAAUCGCUCCUGAACAAGGAUAUAGGCGUCUUAUUGACAGUUCACUCGGCUUUUUCAAAGGCCCAGCAGAAGCUUCGGUUGAUGCCGUACACUUCGUUCUGAAGGAGCUUGUACGGAAGUCUAUAAGCGAGACUGAGGCAUUGAAGCGAUUUCCUUCCCUCACAGCCGAGAUAGCAGCUGCAGCAAAUGAAGCACUAGAAAGAUUCAGGGAAGACAGCCGUAAGACUGUCAUGAGGCUGGUGGAGAUGGAAUCCGCUUACCUAACUGUUGAGUUCUUCCGCAAGCUGCCGUUGGAGGGAGAGAAAGGUGGGAACCCAACUGCUCCCAAUAUGGACCGUUAUGCAGACAACCACCUGAGGCGGAUAGGUUCCAACGUGCUAUCCUAUGUAAAUAUGGUCUGCGAUACGCUGAGGAAUUCAAUCCCGAAAGCGGCUGUCUAUUGUCAGGUCAGGGAAGCCAAGAGGUCAUUGCUCGAUCAUUUCUAUUCCCAAGUGGGGAAGAGAGAGAAGCAGCAGCUAGGACAGAUGUUGGAUGAGGACCCAACACUGAUGGAGAAGAGACAAGCGAUCGCUAAGAGGCUUGAGCUAUACAAGGCAGCUAGGGAUGAGAUUGAUGCAGUGGCAUGGAAAUAGAGGAGUGAUUGUGUGUUCAGUAUACUAAUCGUUACAGGGACGAGGCGAUGCUCAUAUCAAUUUGCACAGUUUCAGCACUCAGCAAGGUGCAUAAGCGUAGAAAGAACUUUCGAUGUUCAAUGUUAUUUUCCCUGCAGCCUUAUUAAUUUUUUGUUUUUCAAUGUGUAUUUUUUUUGGGGUUAGUUAAUAAGCCAAGCUAAUUUAUUGGGCAUCUGAUAACGUUUUCUUCAUUUUAUCCAUAGCAAUGAUUUUGCUUUA